UGUAGGUCUGCUCCUCCUCCUGGCCACCUCUUCGUGUGUAACUUGAAAGCUACUCACUUCAUGAGGGACUGGGUAUAAAGUUCUUGUACAUGUCUUCCAGAACAGAUAUGGACAUGUCCCCCGAUGCUAGUCCGCACAGCUUUGGUUCGAUCUAUGCAAAGAACAGUUUCUUGCCUUUCGAGAUCGUCAGCAUAAUAGCUGCAUAUCUCUAUGCCUCGCAUUCCGCUCUGAAGGCAUGUGCCUUGACGUGUCGCUUAUGGCAUGAGGCCAUCCACCAGCACCGAUUUUGCCAGGUACUGGUGUCAAGGGACUCACAACUCCAAGACUUAUUGCAGUACCUCGAGAGUGGCACAGUCCUCCCUCAUUGGGUUCAGGAGAUUGUAUCUACUGUCCCUCCGCAACGUAUGUUGCUGAAAAUGAUCAAUCUUGCGCCUCACCUUCCACGAUUGCAUACCCUCGAGUUUCGAGGACUGCAAAGGGAUGCGCCUGUCGAUCGGACUGCUAUCACCAAAGUCUUCUCUCAAUUCGGCACUGUUGACACCCUCCGCUUUCGACGUUCACAGCUUUCCCUUUCCCUCAUCCAAUCCGCCGCUUGUGCUCUUCCCAAUCUUGCUUAUCUGGAGCUUGAGCAGGGAGGGUUCCCAGACGAGGGUGGUCCUUUGAUACCACUUUCGAAACACGACCAGCUUCGGUUGAUCUCUCUCCGAGUGGAGAAGACUCAACAGUGUGCCAAAUUUUACAAAUGGAUUGCACACACUGAGUCGCUCUCUACCUUACGCUCAUUCUCUGUAGAUGGCGUAGAUUCUAUGGAGAGACUUAAGGAGAGUUCCGAGUUCAUCCGGACCGUGGGGGGUUCUCUGGAACAUCUCGCUUUGGUUGCACGACGUCCACGCAUUGAUGUCUUCCGCGAACAAACUUACAAAGCGACAAUGGAGCAUAUCAGCCUUGAAAGCAAUUCAAACCUCCGCAAACUCGAAAUUCACGAUCCGCUUCAUCCAGGCAUCACUCGCUGGUUGGAUCAACUUCCUUUCCCGGGUCUACUUCAAACCAUCGUCCUCCACAUGCCCUCACGCGAUGUCAACUCAGGCUACGCUGAGUUAGAUAAACACCUCACCAAAUCGGAGUUCAGCGGACUAACCGAAGUCCACGUCAAAUACCUUCGCGCCCUACGACCGUGUGACUUCGAUAUGAUCAUGCAGGAUCUCCAGUCAGGUUUUCCCAGCGUUACGAAUCGUGGGCUGCUAAGGCUCACUAUUGCUCAUCUAUAACUGAUAUAUACCUAACUGAUUUGAGUAUGCGGUUCUCUCGAGUACCUCCUUUUGUACUGUAUUAGUAGCAUGAUACCUCUGGAUCCCCGUACCGGCGAGCAUAGGGUGGACACGCGACUACGAUCCCUCGGUUGCUUCUUUUGAAGAUAAAUAUGACAAUGCACUUCACAUUCAAGUACCCAAAACCACAUGAUCUGAAUCCCUUUGUCUUGUACACCAUUGUAUUAAACCCGCUUUCGUUGUAUGAUAUAUGCUUCGAGCUUGUUAUCUAUGUUUUCGCAUCCACGGGUAUCUUUCGUGUGUUCGUCUUGGAGGAUGAUCAUUGCGCCAGACGUCGCGUUGUAGGAAUAUCAUUACACUGUUGACCACUGUCACUUUGCCACGCCAUGACUGAUCAAUACGACUGCAUGAAAACAUACUGUCUUUCUAUCCUU